AUGAAAUCAUCUGCUCCUCCAACAACUGACAACUCCAAAAUUUCAUCAAAUAAUUCUCAACAAAAGAAUGGGUCUGUUUCUUCAACACAACAAAGUUUACAAAGUCCAGCUAGAAAAGUUCAGAAUAUUAUUGCAAUAAAGCCGAGAAUUAAAAGAAAAGUUGUGGAACUAUUUUGUUCUGAAGUUAGAUGGUUUUUUAGACGAAAAGAGGACACAAAAUGGAUGCCUUUUAGAGUUGCUUUUAGACGUCAAAAAGGAUUAGAAUUUGAUGAGGAAACAACAAAAUUUUUAAAUUCUUUACCCGAAUCUGUAAUUGUGAUGGAAGGUAAUUACGUGGCAGAUGAACAAUUGCAAAAUAUUAAUGCAAUAUAUUGGAAGGAGGAUACUUUUCAGAUUCGUCGAGGAACUUGGUUUUAUAUGGAAACCUGUCAGCCUCUUCCAGAUGAUUUUGCUGAUACAAUUGAGACUCACCAUUUAAAAAGCUUUAAAGGCAAUGUUAUUCCAGAAACACCUGUUUUUAGUGAAUCGGAAUCCAGCAAGAAACCUGAAUUAACCACUGUUAAAUGGGGAGAUGAAAAAGUUUGUUGGAAUUCUGUAGUGGAUGUCCAUAUUGCUUCAAAAAGUAAUGCAGUUAUUCUUGUAAUCCACGGAAUUGGACAAAAAGGAUAUGAAAAUUUAAUAGCUAAAAAUACAGCACAAAUACGUGAUGCGGUCAUUCACCAAAUGGACAAAUAUUAUCCAAAUGAGAAGAGACGUCCAGCAAUAUUGCCUAUUGAAUGGCGUUCGACUCUUCAAUUAGACAAUGGGAUGACAGACGUUGUAACUCUUCCAAAAAUGGUUUGGGCAAGAAGUACACUUAAUUCUGUCUGUAUGGACUUAAUGUAUUAUCACUCCCCUCUUUAUCGUUCUGAAAUUGUAAACGGAGUCAUCAAAUGUUUAAAUAAUGUUUAUACUUCAUUUUUGGAAAAUAAUCCGGAUUUUUCUGGUCCUGUUUCUGUUAUUGGACAUUCCCUUGGAUCAGUAAUUGCCUAUGAUAUUUUAACUAAUUGGAGCCCUUUCCUUCUUUACGAUCAAUUUGUAACUAAUGCAAUUGCCGAAAAUCUUCAACAAAAUUUCCCAGCGGAACAAAAACAAUUAUUAGAACAAUUUUAUGAUAGCCGGAAAAAAAUGCUUGAUUUGGGUGAUUUAAUGGAACAAAUUUUGGUAAAAUAUCUUUUCUGUCUUGGUUCUCCUCUAGCUGUUUUUACAAUAAUGAGAGGAGCAGAUUAUCGAAGUAUUGUGCCGGAUAAAGAUAAAAUUGAAAGAAUUUUUAAUAUUUUUCAUCCAUAUGACCCUGUUUCUUAUCGGUUGGAGCCUAUGUUUCAUGAAAAUUAUAAACACAUUAGGCCAAUUAAACUUUUCAAUUAUCGGGAUGCAGUAAAACCUUAUGAUAAUAAUUUUUAUGAUUGCCAUAAAAGUUAUUUGGAAGAAUGUAAGGAUAGAAAGAGGAGGGAAGUUAAAGCCAAUAAAGGAAAAGAAUCAAAAGAGAAGACUGGAAAAAGUGAUAAUGGAUCUAAAAAUGGUAGUAAAUCCCAAAAGACUAAGAAAGAACGCCCAAAGUCAGUCGAUGGAGAUGACGAAGAUGAAUAUUUUAAAUAUGAAGUGGAUUCUGAUUCAGAUGCUGGCUGUCAAAGUAAUUCAACUCCGGCGACAGGUUCAUCUCCUCGAAGUAUAACUCCCCAUAAUAUUGAAAAUAAUACAAACGCAACACUUACACCAGCUACUCCAACAAUUCAGGAAUUAAAAUUUUGUGAUCCUGACUCUUAUGCAAAAAUUAAUAAAGAUCAAACAGAAAUUGAUGAACAAGCACUUGAAGUUGGAAUUGAGCCUGGGGUUGAUGAUGAAGAAAAAUUUAAAGAACUAGUUAGUGAUGUAGAAAGUAAUCAACAAAAGAAUGUUGCCUCACAUGAUAUUUUGAAAACAAUGGGUGAAGCUGGUCGUUUAGUCGAAGAAAUUCCACCUGAAAGGCGAAUUAAUCAAAGACUCGAUUUUCAGGUACAACCUUGGACUUUAGAAAAAUCCUAUUGGUCAAUGCUUCGUUCACAUUUUUCUUAUUGGACAAAUCCUGAUGUUGCUGCCUUUUUGCUUAAUACACUUUAUCCUCCACAACCAGAAAAUUCUGAGAAUCCUUAA